AUGUCGGCAUCACAUAAGUCAAAAAUAUUGCAACUUGUUGACUCCUGCUGUCAAAAUGCAAAAAGUGGACAACUAAAAUCUUUAUCCUUCGUUAUUGGAGCAGCGAAUGGUACGACGAAAGAAAUUAAGAGAACUUACAUUCAAGAACAGUGUAAAUUUCUGGAGGAAUUACGGCAACAAAAAAUAAGACAAGGGGGAAUUAAUAUACUGUCUAUGGAUGCUGGUGUUUCUAAUUUUGCCUUCUCUAAAAUGCAAUUGUUAAAUGAUAAUCCCCUACCUAAAUUGCUAGACUGGCAAAAGCUAAACCUUGAAGAGAAAUUCUUCCAAAACCUAAAAAAGCUAAGUUUAAAUCCUGCUGAAACCUCUCAACUUGUAUUUGACCUAACAGAAUACUUAUUCGAAUCUGCCCCAAUUCCUGACAUGUUCACGAUUGAAAGACAGCGUGCCAGAACUAUGUCUUCAAGACAUAUACUAGAACCAAUUUUAAAAGUGAAUAUUCUCGAACAGAUCCUUUUUUCGAAUUUAGAAAAUAAGGUGAAGUAUACCAAUAGAAUACAGAAUGGUUCUAAGCUGCGGUAUAUAGUACGCUCGUCAGAUCCACAUCGGAUGACCUCAUAUUGGUGCUUUCCUAGAGAAGAAACACCGGUUGGCUCUAAAAAGUUGAAAUCUAACAAACAUAGCAAGGAUUUAAGAAUAAAACUGGUCAAAAAAAUAGUUUCAAGCUCGAUACUUAAUAAGGGUUCGAAAGAUCCUACAGAACUAGUUGAGUUUACUGAAAUUUGGGAAAAAAGGAUACGAAAUGCACUUGCUAAAAAGAAAAGUUUCAAGCUCUGUGAUAUUCUAGAGUUCUUGGAUAAUUCAGGAGUAAAAAAGGACGAUGAUUUGGCCGAUUCAUUUCUUCACUCGUUGUCAUGGAUAGAGUGGAUAAAAAAUUAUGAAAAUAUUGCUGAGCUUUUAAAUUCAACAUCACAUUCUAAAAUGGAGUUCCGAGAAGUGUUCGAAUUUUGUGAAAAUAAGGCACAAGAACUGAAAUAUUUACAGAACACUUAUACCACAGGCUAG